AUGCCAAACGACGAAGCCGAGCCUCUCGUCUCGCCAACGCGCGAGGAAGAGGAUCCCACCGAAUCAUCGCCUCUUCUGAACCGUACUGAUGACAAUCAACACGCCCAUGUUGCUGAACAUGAUGGAGACAGUGAACCUACAUCUCAACCCCAGUCUCGGGGUUGGAGUUUCUGGCCAACACGUAAAAAGAGCACUACCAAAUCGUCCUGGCGAUGGCCUUCCAUUAUUGCCAUGAUUAUUCUUGGUAUCAUCGUCAUUUUCAUCAUAGUUAUUGGUUUCCUAGUCCCUCCAGCCGUCAAGGAGUACGCCGAGAAAGCUACUGUGGUUGAACCCACCAACUUGUCUAUCGAAAACAUCACCAGUGACGGCAUCCGGGCGCGUAUCCGCGCAAAUGUCUAUCUUGAUGGAUCACGGGUUGACAACAAGAAUUCCCGCCGUAUUGGGAAAGCAGUGACCGGGAUCAUGCGGAAACUAGAGACCAAGGAGACCACCGUAAACGUCUACCUGCCCGACUACGCUGAUGCUCUUGCCGGCACUGCUGUUAUUCCUCCUCUGGUAGUUGAUAUUGUUAAUGGUCAUACCAACGAACUGGAUUUCGUGGCAGAGGUUAACCCUGGCAAUGUCGAGCAUAUUCGCAAGAUCGCGAAUGAUUGGUUGGACGGAAAUCUGAACAAGCUGAAGGUGGUUGCCAAUGAGAUCCCGAACAUGCCAGAAUACAACAUAGAACGCAUGGACCUUCACGAUCGCCCGGUAGAUGGUCACGGACGGGAAGUCAUUGAGGCCGACGUAUCUUUGAAAGCCCACAAUGACUACCCCGUAUCCUUCCAAGUGCCGACUCUUGGUUUUGAAGUCUUGGUCCCCAACUGCGACUCAACAUUGCCGUCUAUCAGUGUUGCAGAUGCUAUUACCGACCCUAUUGACGUUGGUGCCAAAGCGGAUGUUCAUGCCAGCGCCAAAGGAACCAUCCGUGACAUUCCAGAAUCCCUCGUCAAAGCAUGCCCUCACUCUGAGUCGUCUCCCUUGGACAAUUUCAUGGAUCGUUACUUGCACGGCGAAGAUGCCAAAGUCUUUGUAAGGGGGAAGAAACUCAAUGAUACUGACACUCCAGAGUGGAUUUCAGAUAUUCUUGAGAGUAUCACGGUUCCUGUCGACUUCCCUGGACGGUCAUUCGACAGCUUAAUCCGCAAUUUCUCUUUGAGCGAUGUCGACUUUAAGCUACCAGACCCUUUCGCAGACGUGGAUGAUCCUGAUGGCGAGCCUCGAGUUUCUGGUACUGCACAAGUACUUGCAGCCCUUCCGCCUGAGCUAAAUGUGAAUCUGGGGGUGGACCAGAUUCGGUCCAAUGCUGAUCUGUUCUACAAGAAACGCAAAAUGGGCGAGUUGAACUUGCGUCAUUGGCAGGAUGCCAACUCAACACGGGUUCACGACGAGGAGAACAACGAGACUCUGCUCAACAUCACAUCACGAUUGGUUGACGUCCCCCUGACGAUCACCGAUGGCGAUGUAUUCAGCGAAGUUAUGCAAAAGCUACUAUUUGGUGGCGGUGAUAUCACACUUGACAUCAAGGCUGAAGUUGAUGUCAAGGUUAAAACUGUCCUUGGCAUCUUGACGGUAAAGAAGGUUCCCGCUGAGGGCAAGAUUCCAGUAAACGGAUUUCCCGGUAACGCGCUUGGUAAACUCAAACCUGAGGUCGGCGAGAUCGAAAUUCUGGAAACAACAGAGUCGAGCAUCCAGAUGAGAGCCCUCGUCAACCUCACAAACCCUACACCCUAUGCAGCUGUUAUACCUUAUCUCAGCGUGCAUAUUCUACAUGACGGAAAACUUCUUGGCGAAGCUAUAUCAAGAGACGUCACAUUCAAUCUCGGGAAAAACACAAAUCUCCCUGUUCAUGCAAUCUGGGACCCUCUACGGUUUGGCGGCGAGGAUGCACACGAGGUUGGCCGCAAUCUUCUAUCAGAUUACGUAUCAGGCGAGAACACGACUUUGACGGCGCGAACACACAAGAAGAGUAUCCCGAACGUUCCUAUAAUAGGCAAAGCCUUGUCAAAGAUCAACAUCACACUUCCCGCACCACGAAUAACAGUCCCUGGUGAGGAUGGAAAGGAUGGUGAGAAGCCACGCUUUAUUACAGACGCUACGUUCCACCUCUUUUCGUCGACCGCCAGUUUUACACUUCUUUCUCCCCUAUUAUACAAUACUUUAUACGUAGAACACAUCAACGCUACUGCUCUUUACAAUCAUACGGAACCCAUCGGUCAGAUUACACACGAUGAGCCAUUCCCAGCAACACCAGGACGUUCCCAGACUCCGCGCCUUCCUGUGGAAUGGUCUCCUAGCCGUGUAGGCUACGGCAAACUCAAGGAAGCAUUAGACACAAUCAGUUCAACAAUCAGCAUGUCUUCUCAAACUUAUAGAGAGAACAACACUGUCGAGAUCGACAACGGCAGCAUCCUGGAUGCUCCAACUCCCAAAGCCUUGGAAAUUCCCUCAGAAGACAAGUUAGCCAAGGAAUCAAAGUCGAACCAGACUCUAGAUGAGAUGGUCGAGGCUCUUGACGCAGAGAUAGAGCAGACAAAAGAGGAGAUGAGGGCCGUCUGGGAAGAGAUUGCCGUUGAAAAUGGGGAGCUCUACACGAUCCAGGAGCGGGAUUAA